CCCCACCACAGCUAUCUCUAGAGAUAGCGAGCAUAGGAGGGGAGGGAAGGGGUAGUUGUGCAGAUUGUUGCGGUAGUGAGGCAAGGGUUAGUUGUGAGGUUAGGUCAGUCGACUACUUGUAGUGCUCGCGACAACUGAUCAGCUGAUUAUACAACAGUUCACUACCACCAGUUGGAGUACUCUCGUCCUUGAGUAAGAUGAAAAUGUCUUCAUCCACCAAGAGAAAACAUGUGUAUGCUGAGCUGCAGCAAUCUGUGCUCCGGGUGCCGAGUGAAGGACAAGAGAUUGUGCGUGUUAAAGCAGGUCGGGGCAAUAAUCUUCAUGAUGUAGAGAGUGCCACUGGUGAUGUCUUCCUUGUUUCUAUGCCCAGUAAGUUCCGCAAAAGCGUAUGGGUCAAACGAGGAGACUUCGUUCUGGUGGAGAGGAUACCGGAAGGAGAUAAGGUCAAAGCUGAAAUAAUUACAGUACUGUCAAAACAGCACAUACGGUUCUUCAAAGACAGGAAUUGUUGGCCUGACAGGUUUAACGAAGAGGAGAGGCCCAUCUCUGCUCAACCUGACUACAUUCUCUCGUCAUCCAGUUCCGAUGAAGAAUAACAUCUUUUUUUAUCAAUUCUUGUUUUGUAAAGUGUGAUAUAUGAGAUACAUAUAUUUUUUAUGUAAUUAAUGAUAACUAUUGUGAUGUUAUAGUGAUGUUAUAUGUUUAAGAUUGUAAUUUUAACAUAAUUUCUUUAUACUGAAUAAAUACAUUUAACCAUAA